UCUAAGAUCAGUUUAGUUUCUGCUGUUUACAUGUGAAGAUCUCUGAGUAAAGUGUAUAUUAAAGAACCUUGAGAGAUUAACAUGUAUAGUCCGAUCCUUCCUUCUCCUCUUGGGAGAAUAGAACUAAAUCUACUAGGACCUGGAUCAGGAGAUGUAGCUCACCCCUCCUUGUCCAGUUCAUCCUUCUCAGCCAAACAUGAAGCUGGAGAUGGAGCUUAUCCAUCCGGUUCAACCUUCUCCUACUCAACCAAACCGGGCUCCUUUUCUCAUCCGUUCUAUACAGCCCCCUCCCCCUCCCUUCUCCAUCCUUAUUCUCCAAUACCUCCAUUUAUUAGAAAUUUUCCAUUUUGUUCUGCACCCCCUACAAUCCUUAGUUUGGGACCAUUUCAUGUCUCCUAUCAUAAACUCUCCGAAAAUUCAUCCUAUCCGUUCUCUCCUCCCUUCUCUCCUAGUCCGUCCUAUUUUAACUUUUCUCCAACCUAUCUGAAGAGAAACGAGCCAAGGUUUAUCUACCCGGAGUAUGCUCCGAACCCUAGUUUCCAUACCAACCCAGAUACAGAGCAAACCCAGGAAAUGCAGGGUACAAGUUUGUGGACAGUGAAUGGAAGGUGGUGGGGGAGGCAGAACAACAGUUUAGUUCCAGAGUUUAUAUACAUCCCGAGAGUCCAGCGAAAGGUCACCAAUGGUCUUCAGGAGACAUCGUCUUCAAUCGAGUCAAGAUUACAAACAGUUUAUUGGAACAAACAGGACAUAUUGUUGUUUCCUCAAUGCAUAAAUAUUUCGUGCGCAUUCACAUUGUGCGCGCUAGAGAACCAACAGAGCUUUAUUGCGCGCGUUAUCAUUCAUUUUCAUUUAAGGAGACGAUAUUUGUUGGAGUGACAGCAUACCAGAAUUCUAAACUUACCGAGCUUAAAAUACAAACAAACCCUUUCGCCAAGGGGUUCAGGGAUCCAGGAGAAGGGGUUGUGAAGGGGGCAGGGGUUCCUGAGAACCCCCUGCAGAGCGAAGGGGAGGAAUCCACCCUUAAUUCUCUGGUUACAGAAAACCUUUCUGAGCAAGGGGCAUUCCUGAACACAUCCGAAAGAUGGGGAUCAGGGGCGUACUCAGGAAUUUGUCCGGGGGGUGGGGGAGCUUAG